CUUAGUUAUCCGGGAGGUUCCUGGGACGAUAAGUCAGAUAAAUUCGCUAAAGCGAAUUUAUCCGCUUUAACCACCUUAGUAGAUAUAGUGAAUUUAUUCACUUUAGUGGAUAAAUUCAAAGGACAUUU